UUGUUUUUUUUUUUUUUUUUUGUUUUUUAUGUUCUUGCCGCGAUCUCGAAGCGCUCGCUAGCUGUGCUUUCCAUUGUUUUUCUCUUCGCUGGUUUUAUCCCACGUCCACGUCACUGCCAACGUGGCGCGGUGAUACUUCUGCGUUACCCUUCUAUCAGGUGCUACUCGGGUCACAUUCUUUCUGGACGAUUGGAUUUAGGGUUCUUGGCUAGACGCGAGCAAGGCGCAGCAUUGGAUCCAUGUAAAUAUCGCGGAAUUGGUGGAUCCAGGGGUGGAAAUAAGAAUUCGCAGCGCAGCGGUGAAAACAGGGAGAUCGAGAAUCGGGCACGAUGCCGAGCGAGCUUCUGAGUUUCCAGCCGACGGAGCUCAAAUUCCCCUGCUUUCCAAUCAAGGCUGGAAGGCUUCGGAGAGUUGAGUUGAAGAAGCAAAUUGCUUGCCCCUUGGAGCUCAAGAAUAACACCGACGAGUAUGUGGCGUUUAAGGUGAAAACUACAUCACCAAAGAAAUAUUCUGUUCGUCCGAAUGCUGGUUUUGUUCCACCUCAUGGCAGCGUUGACAUUAUCAUCACCAUGCAAGCACAACGAGACUAUCCCCCAGACCUGCAGCAGUGCAAGGACAAGUUCCUUGUGCAAAGUGUUCGAGCACCGGAGGGUGCUCAGUUUCAAGAAGUGUCCCAGGAGCUGUUUAACAAAGAGAAUGGGGCGGAGGUGUUCGAGAACAAGCUGAAAGUUGUCUAUGUCUCUCCGCCUCAACCUCCGUCUCCGGUUCCCGAGUCCGCCGAAGAAACUGUUUCUCCAUCAAAAGCCGACAAUGGAGACUGGAUCUUUUCACUGAGAGACGGGCCUAAAACUGCCGGUGAACUUGAGAGCAAGAUUGCAGAGGCACGAGCAUCCUUGACAACACUGUCGAACGAGCGCGACUUGGCAAAGCAUCAAACGCGAGAGCUCGAACAAGAACUGGCCAAUGCUAAAGUCUCUAGCAAUCACACCACAACCUCGAGAGGGCAUGGUUAUUCACUCUUUUUCGUUUUUUUUGUGGGAAUCUUGGGUGUCCUGGUGGGGUAUUUUCUUAGACAUUAACUUAUAGUUAGCGUGGUUCACAUUGUUUGGUUAUGACGUGGCUGAAAUGAAUAUGUCGAUUCUAUA